CUGCACGCACCCGGUCCACAUGAACCGGAGCCCAGCUUGAAGACGAAGAGGCGAAGAGCAAGCAGAAGCGCAAAACCCUCUCCCCUUUCGGCCCCUCUCUCCUCCUCUCGGCGUCCACUGCUCGCUCACCGCCGCGAUGCUCCUCCGCCGCCUCCUGGGCCUGGGCGUCUCCGCCAGCCGCCUCCGCCGCCCACUCUCCACGGCCGCGGCCGCCGCCACGGACUCGCCUGGGGAAGGCUGGUCGUGGUACAUGCUCGGAAAGUUGUCGCCGCCCGUGGGGUCGGCGUGGGGGCCGUCCGUGACCUUCGCCAAACCUCCGCGCGUCUCCCAGCUCUACGUGCCCGAGCACCUCGCCGAGGCCGGCGGCGGCCUCCCCAUCCCGGACCCCGAUGGCGACGUCCUCCGUCUCCCCUCUCGCCACGCCUGCGCCGCGAGCCAGGACGGCCUCCUCCUCCUCGGCUGCAAGGACAUCCGCAUCGUGGCUCCCGUCGUGGGCAAGCAUGGCGGCAAACAGGUGCGGCAGGUGGCCGGCGCCGUCGACAAUCCCGACAGCCUUCCCCAGACGUCGUACCGCGUCUUCAACCCUUUGACCAGCGAGAUAUCGCCCCGUCUCCCGGAGAUCAAAGGCCCAGGGAGGGAGAUCUUGCGAAACUUCAACCCGGGCAUCCUCACCCAAGCCGAUGGACGGCGGAGCGGGCCCCCGGACAGGUACGCCGUGGCUGGGCUGGAGCUAGAGGAACACAUUAUGCUCCGGUUUCUCUCCGAAGCAGGGGAGUGGGACUUCGUGCAGUGCUCCCCGUGCCAGCUCCCGGCCGCGCGGCGGAUGUCGCCCAGGCAGGAGACGGUGGCCUGGAACGGCAUGCUGUGGUGGGUGGACGAGACCUGGGGCGCCAUCUUCGCCGACCCGUUCAGCAACCGGCCAGAGCCCCGCUUUGUCGAGCUGCCCAGCGGCAGCGUGCUGCCACAGGACGCGUGCGAGAAAGCGAUGCAACAGGGGGACAUGAUGCCUGACGGUGAGGGCGGCACCUCGUGGUGGAUGCCAAUGCCGGUCAUGUUCCGUCGCGUGGGGGUCAGUGGGGGAACGCUGCGGUACGUCGAGGUGUCUCAGGAGGAGCCCUUCCUGCUCAGCUCCUUCGCGAUUGAUGCUGACGGCAGCGGCUGGACGCUGGAACACAGGGUGGCACUAAGCCGGCUAUGGGCGGAUGGAGGCCACCCGUGGAUACCAGCUUUGCAGGCCAAGAGGACGCCACUCAUUGGCGCUCUUCAUCCGUUUAAAGCAAAUGUAGUGCACCUUAUCGUUGGCAAUCACAUUGUCGUUGUGGACAUGGACAAGGGUGAGGUAACUGGGCAUUGUCCCCGACAAGACAUCAACCCGAUUUUACCAUGUGUGCGUCCGCCGUGGCUUUCAACAACCCGGAUUUCUUCGCUAGGCAAGAAGGACGUCCCAAAAAAGAAUACAUUGGCUGAUGUUCUGGUUCGUUCAGACAGAUGCCAGGAGAAAUGAAGGUUCAGUAAAGCUAACAGAUGCAACUAUGCAAGUGCUCGGUCUGAUAGUUUAGGAAGCUGAUGAUAGUGGCUCGCAGAACACUUGUUGAAGUCUGGGGUAUUUUGGGGAUAAAUUUCAGAAGUUCCGCUUUGUUAACUAUAGUUUGCUGAUGAACUAUCUCCUUUUGGGGAAGGUAUUCUAGUUGUUUCGGUCUUCCAGUUCAAGCUGGAAGCCUGGAAGUAUCCCGGUAGCUGGAUUUACUCAAUUUAAUCUUUCCUGUAAUGACCACCGCAGAAUGCUAUGUUCAUCUGCAAAGGCAACGUCCACAGAACCACACAUUUGAUUCUGUCAUGAGACAUUAUGUAUGGACCUAGAAUACCUGUCAUGUAGAGUAACAGUGCGAGACAUCUGUCAUGACCCUAUGUAGUCCUUAUAAAUGGAUGAUCGUGUGUGUCGUUUGAAAGAUGGAAGGCGAUAAAUUAGUCUAUUUCGCAUUUA